GUGAGCCGGGCGCUGCGGCCGCGCACAGCGGCGCCCGCGCUGCUGCUGCGCGCCACGUGACGCCUGACGUGUUGCAGCCCCCCGCGCCCCGCGCCCGCGAGACGCCCACUCGGACAGCGGCGCGCGCGCGUCGCCAACAGUCGGCCCGCCGCCGGCACCUCGUCCAGUCGCGCGCGCCGCCAGCCGCCCCGGCCGGCUCCCCACGUGAACGCGCAACAUGAGCUCCGGCAAGAGGAAGCUCUCCUUCCUCGGCUUCGCCCCGCAGACGGCGGGCGAGGACGAGGUGCGCCUGGACGACGAGAUGGAGCGCGUGGUGUGGGGCGAGGGAGCGCCGCGCCUGCCCGCCGCCGCCGCGCCGCGCCGCGACUCCGCCGCGCCGCCGCCCUACGCGCCGCCCGCGCCGCAGCCCGAUGGCGGGAGCUCGGUGAGCGCGUCGGAGGCUUCGCCGCCGCCGCCGGCCAGCACGGGCUCGGAGCACCAGGUGUCUUCCGGCUCGGGCAGCCCGCGCGACCAUGACGCGCGCCACGUGCAGUUCGACGGCGAGCGCGCCGAGCACGCCGCGCACGCCGCGCCCGACGCGCUCGACGACGCCGACGACGAGCGCCGCGCCAUGCGCAACAUCAAGCACCUGCACCCGCACAAGCCGCGCAAGUACUCGCUGCAGGAGGCGCGCGGCGCGGCCGAGCGGCGCGUCAGCAUCGAGCCGGCCGACGAGCCGCUGCCCGAGGCCGACGCCGACCAGCUGCACGCGCACCGCAGCGACGACCCGCGCGCGCUGCGCCGCCACAAGAUCCAGCCGCGGGGGUCGACGGUGCACGUGGGCCGCAAGGAUGGCGGCGACAAGGUGCAGAACAUAUUGUCGGACGCUGCCUACAAGAAGAUGUAUGACCACAGCCCGCACGCGGUGUUCGUGCAACUCGACGAGCUGCUGGCCACCGAGGACGGCGAGGCGGAGUGGAAGGAGACCGCGCGCUGGAUCAAGUACGAAGAGGACGUGGAGGAGGGCUCGGCGCGCUGGGGCAAGCCGCACGUCGCCUCACUGUCCUUCCACUCGCUGCUCAACCUGCGCCGCUGCCUCGAGACCGGCGUGGUGCUGCUGGACCUGGACGAGAAAGACCUGCCCGGCGUGGCCUACAGGGUGGUGGAGCGUAUGGUCGCGGACGGGCUGAUCGAGGAGGACGACAAGCCGGUGGUGAUGCGCUCGCUGCUGCUGCGCCACCGGCACGUGCACGAUGACCGCUUCCGCUUCUCCAUCGGCGGCCGCAAGCACUCCUCGUACACGAGCCUGCAGAACCUGGCGGACCCGCGGCGGCGCCGCAGCUCGUACGCGCUGCCGCUGGAGCGCGCCGAAGUGCGCAAGAAGUCGUCAGCGGCCGGGCUGGACCUGCGCGAGGUGGAGUACCUGGCGGGCGUGGACGCGGCCGCCGGCUCGCAGGACGAGCUGCGCCGCCCGCACAACGACUCCAUCCUCAAGCGCAUCCCCGGCGACGCCGAGGCCACCACCGUGCUGGUGGGCGCCGUCGGCUUCCUGGAGCAGCCCACCAUCGCCUUCGUGCGCCUGGCGCAGGGCAUCCUCAUGCCGUCCAUCACCGAGGUGCCGGUGCCCGUGCGCUUCAUGUUCAUCCUGCUGGGGCCCAGCGGCGCCGACCUCGACUACCACGAGGUGGGCCGCUCCAUCUCCACGCUGAUGGCCAACCCCGCGUUCCACUCGAUCGCGUACAAGGCGGACGACCGGCGCGAGCUGCUGUCCGCUAUCAACGAGUUCCUGGAUGACUCCAUCGUGCUGCCGCCCGGCGACUGGGAGCGGCAGGCGCUGCUGCCGUUCGAGGAGCUGCGCGCCAAGAGCGAGAUGAUCCGGCGCCGCAAGCGCGACGCGCUGGAGCGCAAGCGCGCCGCCGGCGAGGCGCCCGCGCCGCCCGACGAGAAGAAGGCGCUGCUGGCGGCCGAGGCGGGGCUGCCCGGCAAGGAGCCCGACGACCCGCUCACGCGCACCGGCCGUCUCUUCGGAGGCGUGGUGCGCGACAUGCGGCGCCGCUACCCGCACUACGCGUCGGACUUCCGCGACGCGCUCAACGGGCAGUGCGUGGCCGCCGCCAUCUUCAUGUACUUCGCGGCGCUCUCCUCCGCCAUCACCUUCGGCGGCCUGCUCGCCGAGAAGACCUACGGCAACAUCGGCAUCUCCGAGACCCUGGUGUUCACGUGCGCGGGCGGCGUGCUGUUCGCGCUGCUGUCGGGGCAGCCCAUGAUGAUCACGGGCGCCACGGGCCCGCUGCUGCUGCUGGACGAGUCGCUCGCCAACUUCUGCCACUCGAACGGCUUCGACUUCCUCACGGCGCGCAUGUACUGCGGCUUCUGGAUGAUCGUCAUCGCGCUCGGCGUCGCCUCCGUGGAGGGCAGCGUUGCAGUCAAAAAAAUCACGAGGUUCACUGAAGACAUCUUUGCUUUCCUGAUAUCGCUGAUCUUCAUCGGAGAGCCGGUGACGAGCCUGAUCAACGUGUUCCGCGCGCACCCGCUGGGCAUCGACUACUCGUCGCCCAACGCCUCGCUGCCCAACGUGACCGUGGUGGACAACUCCACGCUGCCGGGCAAUGCAACGGUGCCGGCGCCAGCGCCAGCGCCGAUGCCGCCUCAGCCGAACACUGCCCUGUGGUGCACCAUGCUGACACUGUCCACGUUUAUCAUCGCGUACUACCUGCGCAUCUUCCGCAACGGCAAGUUCCUGGGCCGCAGCGCUCGGCGCGCGCUGGGCGACUUCGGCGUGCCCAUCGCGAUCGUGCUGAUGGUGGGGCUGUCGUGUGCCGUGCCCGUGUGGACGGAGACGCUGCGCGUGCCCGAGGGCCUGAGCCCCACGGCGCCGCGCUCCUGGUUCGUGCCGCUCAACGACGGCCUGGCCACCAUCCCCGCCUGGGCCGCCUUCGCUAUGGGGCUGCCGGCGCUUAUGGUCUACAUCAUCGUCUUCAUGGAGACGCACAUCGCUGAACUGAUCAUCGACAAGCCGGAGCGCAAGCUGAAGAAGGGCAGCGGCUUCCACAUGGACAUCGUGAUCAUGUCGACGGUGAACGCGCUGUGCGGGCUGUUCGGCGCGCCGUGGCAGUGCGUGGCCACCGUGCGCUCCGUGAGCCACGUGUCGGCGCUCACCAUUAUGUCCACCACGCACGCGCCCGGCGACAAGCCGCACAUCGUCGAGGUCAAAGAGCAGCGGCUGACGGCGCUGCUGGUGGCGCUGCUGGUGGGCGUGUCGGUGCUGGCGGCGCGCUGGCUGCGCCUGGUGCCCAUGGCCGUGCUGUUCGGCGUGUUCCUCUAUAUGGGCAUCUCGGCGCUCGGCGGCAUCCAGUUCUGGGACCGCUGCAUCCUGCUGCUGAAGCCGGUGAAGCACCACCCGCAGGUGCCGUACGUGCGGCGGGUGCCCACGCUCAAGAUGCACCUGUUCACGCUGAUCCAGGCGGCGGGGCUGGCCGUGCUGUACGCCGUUAAGUCGUCGCGCUUCUCGCUCGCCAUGCCCUUCUUCCUGGUGAUGAUGGUGCCGCUACGCAUGUCGCUCGUCUACCUCUUCACGCCGCUGCAGCUCCGAGCGUUGGAUGGCGCCCAGAAAGAUAUCGACAAGGACGACGAGCCCGACUUCUACGAGGAAGCUCCGCUCCCCGGAUAGAGCGCGCGCCGCGUCACUGCUGCGUCACCGCGCGUCAUCUCGCGUCAUCGCCGACUGUAGCUACGCGUCGCUGACGAUCACUCGAUAUCAAUCAACGCUUACUUAAGUAACUUCAACUUACAGAUAUUGUUUUAGAUGCAUAUAAUGCACUAAGCACGUAAGUAGAUAAAUAUUUACACGCACACGAAUUAGUUUUUCCAGAGUCGAUAGGUUCAACAUUGACUUUACAUUAAAAUGAAAUACAGAUGUGCUCGCUGUGAACGCACACACAGAGAUACAUGAAGGUAUCUAUUUAGAGUCGGCUCGGCAGCGCGUACCGCCGUGUGUACCGCCGCGUGUGCGGGCGCUGGUUGGCGCUCGCUGCGUGCUCGCGUGCUGCAUACCGUAGCUUAUCUAAGGGCCGCGCAUUUGUAUGGACAGAAUGGACUGGGCCAACAAAACUGAUUCAAAUUCAAACAAUCACUUACUGAUUGACAAUUGAUUUAUUUGCCAAAAUAAUAAUAGCUGGUGGAAACAAUACGGAGGUUUUAUUCUAUUUAACGUAUUGAUCUGUAAUUAAAUUCUUGCUAACAGAUAAUUUUGAACUUUAUUAUGGAACAGCUAGAUAUUAUUACAUAUAUCUAAGUUGAGGCAUUUUAGUCACAGUUUCAAAAGGUAAUAUUUUAUGGAAAUACGUUGACCGAAUCGAUUGGAAAAACGAUGAACCUUUUCUUUCCGGCACUGUACAGUGUACUUAGAUAGUUAGUGCAACUUGGUCGCGCAGUAGUACUCGAGCGCAGCGCCGCGCUGGCCGCGCCCGCGCCGGCGCCGUGCGUCUCCCGCGCUCUGCUUGCACUUCUUCUUCUUCAUUUAUACGUCUAACGUAUAUCUUCUUUACUAUUACACUAAUUGUAAGACUUUAUUACAUAUCAAAAUAUAUAAUUGUAAAGCUAGUGAGUAUCGUAUAUUUCGUGGAAGGCCAAGUACUGAGUCUGCGUGCUGCUGACUCGUUGUCGUACAAAUGUUAAACUUAAGUGUUACGUUAGUAUUUUUAAUUUUUAUUUAAUGAAAUAGCUUAGUGAUACAGGAGGUGUAUAUAGUGGCCGAUGUGCAAUUGUAACUAGCUAUUUGUUAGUAUUACUCUGUAGAUAUUUAAGGUAAGAAAAGGGUUGCUUUGGUAUUAAUGUAAGU